ACAGGCUAUCGACCAAGCGUUAGAGUCGUACAAUUAUACUAUAUAGUUACAUUUAAUUAUACAAUUACGUAAAUAAAUGAAUAUUUCAUACUGCAUGAAGGAAAUGACACUAAAAGGAAAACAUGGAAAUGUAUAAUUUCUGUCAUCGCGUAAGAAACUAAUGGAGAUAAGGAAAGUUUUGGUGUAUACUUGUCAUAUGGUCUUUAUUGAUAAUCAGUAAUCUUACUCAAGACAGUUUUCAUGUACAAUUUUAGAAUUAAUCAUGCAUGUAUAUGUAUGUUUUGGAUCGGUCGCCGCGAUAUCUGUGAUAUAUAUAUCCGCUAUGCUUGCGGCAGAUAUUCCGUUUUCAACGAUGUUCAAAUAUUUUCAUUCUUAUUCAGAGAACUUGGAAAAAGCAAAAUCUAAGAACAGAGGACGUACAACGAAAGCGCUGGAUUAUAUCUAUACACACGAUAAACCAUUUCAAGAAAUGCCGAGUUCACCCGAGAGGUAUGACCUAGACCUCUUGGUUGUCGUUGUAACAAUUUCGCGGGAGAAAGCACCAAGGUCACAAAAAACCGGGUAUUUGUUACAGACAGCGACUGCAGUGGAUAAACUUAUGAACCGCGAUAAAUAUUUCACGAACAAAAUCAUGCUUAUAUGCAAUGUUGAUAAAAACCCAAAAGCUCAUGAAGAUGCCGUGGAACUGCAAAGUUAUCUCCCGUUUAUAAACAAAGACGGUGGGAACAAUCUAGGAUUUAAUGUCACUGGUGUUCCUGAGCUUAAGGAUAGUGGACUUAGGGACGAAGCACGGAGACAGGAAAUCGUUGACUACGCUUUUUGUUUAAAUGUUUCUCUCUCUAUGAAACAUCGCUACGCUUUAAUCCUCGAGGACGAUGUGAUACCUUAUAAAAAUUUAUUUGAAGUUCUGCACCAUACGUUAAAAUACAGACUUCCAGAACACAAACGCUUUUCAUUUCUUAAACUCUAUUUUCCUACACGGUGGCAAGGAUAUGCUUUUGAAACAGACCGAAUUCUUGAGCUUAUCAGCAUUGGAACCAUCGGCGGCGCGUUGUUUUCAGUAAUAGCAUCGUGUUUUGACUUUGAGUUAUCAAGAGGCAGAAAAGGCAGUAGUUCUAUAGGCUUCUUCAUAUGUGGAUUUCUGUGUUUUCUCGCUGUUGCAAAAAUUUUAGGACGAGUUCAAGUACUGGAGCUUCGACGACUAACACCUUUUCUUUACAAGUUUGGACCAAGUUCUGCAUGUUGCACGCAAGCCAUGCUUUACAAACGAGAAACAUUGCCACACCUGAUCCAACAUUUACUUAUCAACAACAGUCUCAAUAAAGACUUGGCUAUCUACGACUUUUCUGAGAAAUAUGGAGUUCAAGGCUACCAACUUGAACCAAACUUAUUCUUACAUACUGGCAUGCGGACCUCACUUUCGUCAAAUGUGAAAAAUCCUGAGGAAUUUCUAUUCGACUUGCCAUUUUUAGAAUAAACUAUAUGUACAUGCCGAACAGAGUAGUCAUCAGACUUAAUCAAUUUAUAAA